AUGUUUACUUCUCGUACGAGGGAGGUGUUUUUAGGCAGCGCAUCGACAGAUUUCACGACCUAUCAGGCAUGCGAAUAUGGACCACCAAGUUGUCAGGAGUUGAUUGCUAAUUUUGCGUCACCAGCCGACUUCAUAUGGGCCCGUCCUGAUCUUGCACCAGUCAGCUUCUCCCUCGUUCUCCAAGACGGAGGCGACAGUUUCGCUGCUACUGUACGAGGAAGCGACGUGCUCUUGCUCCCAAGUGUCCCACCUUUAGGGCAUAAGGACGGUGCGUUUCAUGACCAGACCCUAAACAUCUCGGUUCUCCUGGAUGACCACACCAAUCUCCCAUAUCUCAUCCGUUCGUACGAAAACCAUGGCCUCUUUGGCCCCUCUACCAAGGACCUAUUUGUCAGCGACUACGUGACUGUGAACGGAGUCAAAUUUCCCCGUCGCUUCCAAACGAUCUAUAAUCGUAAACAUAUAUUGACAGAGUACUCCGUUGACAGAGUCAGUGUCACUGCAAUAACACCAAAACGUUUCAUGGGUCCUCUAGGCCGUCCUCUGCCAGCUCAACUGCCGAGGCGAGACAUAUCUUACGACUUUGCAGAGAUCGGCGAGAGCCAUGCUUACUAUAGAUGGACUGGCGGGUACACUGGCUCCUUCGGUAACCUCAACGUGACACAGCCUUGGAAGGAUCUCCCAGGUGUCUGGCUACUCACAGUGACGGAUGCUCCCAAUUACCGCCAGCUCGUUCUUGAACUUGCUGACAACGUCGUUGUGCUAGACGCUCCACCACAACAGAGCCGGCUUGUCUUACGGUGGGUUAGGGAAAAGCUGAACAAGACCGUGACACAUGUUUGGCCGACUCAUCACCAUCACGACCACGCAUAUGGCAUUGCCGACUACGUCGCUGCUGGCGCAAGCGUUAUUGCCCUUCACAGCGCGAUGGACUACUACUCAGGCAUCCCCAAAGGCGCAUUCAUGACAUAUUCGACCAAGAACCCAUUUAUCCUGGAAGAUGGCACCAUUGAGGCUACCUUCAUACACAUGGGAGAUUCUUUACACGCGGCCGACCAUAGCUACGCAUAUAUUUCCCCAAAGUGCGCCAUCACCGAUAGCACGACUUUGAUCUUCGAUGCAGACAAUGUCAACACGGCCAAUAUAACAAAUUCCGAGCAGGGCGCCCUGUUGGCAUCCCUGAACAAGUUCGCAGCCGACAAGGUGGCUUCAAGUGCAACAUUCGUCCCGGUGCACGGAAACUCGAUUCCGCUUUCGCAGAUCAUAAACGCAACUGAAUAUCGCUACCCUAGCCUCAGACCCCAAGAUUUCCAGUACCUCCGUCCUAGGUGCGCCGGUAGUAACUCACCCGAAUUGGAGGGUACACGAGACGGGAGGAUAUAUAAUCUUCUGGCGCCGCUAAACCAGAAAGGAAACAUGUAA